CCCGGAGGGCGUGUGGCGCUAUCUAAGGGGCCAGAGGACAGCGGAGGGAGGGGGAGGAGUAGGAGUGGCUAGAACCUUGGAAAUGGCAGACAAGGGACCCCAGAGGAUAGCCCAAUUCAAGCCCUUGUGAAGACGGAUUUUUAACAGGUCGUCUUGGAACCAGAGGUUGCAGGGUCCCCCGAGGAGAGGGACUUUUUCGUCACCUGUCCACUCCUGGCCUUCAGACUGAGCUAGACCCCUCCCCCGCUUCCUGCUCAGGACUGGGCGGCCAAGCAGCCAUGCCUACCUGGGGGGCUGGCUCGCCGUCCCCUGACCGCUUUGCGGUGUGUGCGGAGGCCGAGGCCAAGGUGCGGGAGCGGCAACCCCACGUGGAGCGCAUCUUCAGCGUGAGGAUGAGUGUCCUCCCGAAGGACUGUCCCGAGAACCCUCACAUCUGGCUGCAGCUGGAGGGCCCCAAGGAGAACGCCAGCAGAGCCAAGGAGUACCUGAAGGGUCUCUGUAGCCCGGAGCUGCAGAAUGAAAUCCACUACCCACCCAAACUGCACUGCAUCUUCCUGGGAGCCCAGGGCUUCUUCCUGGAUUGCUUGGCCUGGAGCACGUCAGCACACCUCGUGCCUGGGGCACCCGGCUCGCUGCUGGUCAGUGGCCUGACUGAGGCCUUCGUCAUGGCUCAGAGCCGAGUGGAGGAGCUGGUGGAACGGCUGAGCUGGGACUUCCGGCCAGGGCCAGCCCCUGGAGCCGGAGUGCUAAGAGACUUCUCUGCCUUGCUGCCGGCCCAGGGGGACGCCCACAGAGAGGCCCUGCUGCAGCUGCCCCUGGCUGUCCAGGAGGAGCUGCUGAGCCUGGUGCGGGAGGCAGCCAGGGGGCAGGGGCCCCAACCACUCCCUUCCUGGAAUGUGGGAAGCCCAGGCCCACUGGGUGCUCAGCACCAGGGAGUAAGAGCUCUUCUGAGUGAAGGCAGGGAGUCUCUGGACACUGGACCUAUGGGGCUGCAAGGGUCAAGGGGGGAGAGACAUGUUGUGGAGAUGGAGGGGGGCAAGCAGGCUGGUCUCAGGGAGAUGGAUUUGGGGUGGAAAGAGCUGCCUGGGGAAGAGGCCUGGGAGAGAGAAGUGGCCUUCAGGUCCCAGUCAUGGGGAGGAGAGGCAGGGCAGGCAGGGCCCCUGAAAGGGAAGGCCCUGGGGAAGGAGGAGGCGCCUCAGGAAAGAGGAAGGUUCUGUGUCCAGGGGGAGCCUCCUGGUGCCCAAGGUCCCUAUCAGAGGGUAGCUCCGCUCCGGGGGGCCUCCCUCCUGCAGCGGCUCCACAAUGGGAAAGCCUCACCUCCAAGAGUGCCCAGCCCCCCACCUGCUCCCGAACCCCCAUGGCACUGUGGCGACCGAGGAGACCGAGGAGACAGGGGAGACAAGCAGCCCGUCGUGGCUCGAGGUCGGGGGUCUCCAUGGAAACGAGGCACCCGGGGGGGCAACUUGGUGACUGGCACACAGCGUUUCCAGGAGGCCCUACAGGACCCUUUCACCCUGUGCCUUGCCAAUGUGCCUGGCCAGCCGGACCUCCGCCAUAUUGUCAUUGAUGGCAGCAACGUGGCCAUGGUUCACGGCCUCCAGCACCACUUCUCCAGCCGGGGCAUUGCCAUUGCUGUGCAGUACUUCUGGGACCGUGGCCACCGCGACAUAACUGUCUUUGUGCCUCAGUGGCGUUUCAGUAAGGAUUCCAAGGUCAGAGAGGGUCACUACCUGCAGAAGCUGUACUCCCUCAGCCUGCUCUCCCUCACUCCCUCCCGAGUCAUGGAUGGCAAGAGGAUCUCCUCCUAUGAUGACAGGUUCAUGGUGAAGCUGGCUGAAGAGACCGAUGGGAUCAUUGUCUCCAAUGACCAGUUCCGGGACCUGGCGGAGGAGUCUGAGAAGUGGAUGGCAAUCAUCAGAGAGCGCCUCCUGCCCUUCACCUUCGUGGGAAACCUCUUUAUGGUCCCUGAUGACCCAUUGGGGCGACAUGGCCCCAUGCUGGAUGAGUUCCUGAAGAAGCCAGCCAGGGCACAGGGGUCUUCUAAGGCUCAGCAUCCUUCUAGGGGCUUUGCAGAACAUGGUAAUCAGCAGCAGGGAAGAAAAGAAGAGGAAAAAGGCAGUAGUGGUAUCCGGAAGACCCGGGAGACAGAGCGGCUCCGGCGCCAGCUGCUGGAGGUAUUUCGGGGCCAGGAUCACAAAGUGGACUUCAUCCUGCAGCGGGAGCCGCACUGCCGGGACAUCAACCAGCUCUCUGAGGCCCUGCUCAGUCUCAACUUUUAAGCCUCACCAGCCUGAGUGGCUGCCACCUGGCCAGCUCCAGCCUCACCCAACUUAGCCCCUUGUGUGAGACUCCCUCUGCUGCUCAGACUGACCCAGACCCACUCUGAGUUGGUGCUUUGGUCAGGGCAGCACUGAGGAAGAGCACUUGUGUGGGGAAUGCUCUUGCCCGGGGCACUUUGGGGUCAGGUCCAUAAAGUGACCUGAUCUCAUCUUGAGUCAGGACCUCAACCAGCUCUCAGGAGGUUCCGCUCUGCCUUAACUUCUCAACCUUGCCUUAGCACAGGGAUUCUGUAGGGAGUGGGGGCUGCUGGAAAGGGCAGGUCCUGGCCAUUGGGAUGCCGGCUCCUCAUCCAAGCUGAGUCGGGAUCGAGGCUUGGGUGGGUGGGAGGGGAAUGAAGAAAAGUGGCAAGGAAGUGAAGCCUUUCCUCCCCCUGGCUGAGGAAGGAUGGAGGACAGGAUGCACAGGAUGCUUCCCAGGCUGGGCUGGGCUCCUGGGUACAGUGAAGGGAACACUGGGCCUGGAAAGGCUGGUGCUACGGUGUCUGGGUCACAGUGGGGCAGCAGAGAGCUGGUGGAGAAGGCAGAGGGAGACUUGGCUCCUGGUUUCAGCUGUGCCUGUCUGUGACCUUGAUUGAGCUGCCUGGCAUUUACUUCUGCCUGUAAAUCAGGGUAAAAAUGCCUGUUGGGAGAAGGAAUGAGAACAUGGAGGAAGGCCCGUUGGAGGGAAGGUACUUGGACCAAGUCUCAGGUGUGUCCGUCUGUGGCUGCACAGGCUUCCUAACCAAAACCUCAUUUCAGAGUGCAGAGGUCCUCUGUCCCCAGGGCCUGUGCCCUAGAUUUUAACACUGCGUCCUCAGUAUAACGUGCCCUAUAAUGGCUGCGUCCCUUUUAGGCAACCCCCCAAGUCCGCAUUUACAAAACAGUUGAUUAGGGCUGACUGACUGCAUACCAAAAUACUCUCAGGGUUCCUAUAAAUGGCAGCUCUCCUGUUGCAUUCAGGUGUUUGUUUACAGAUGAGCGAAUGUGUCAGGAAGUUCCCGGUUAGAAGCACUUGCUGAAGUGUCGAGCAUUCACCAAAGCGAUGAAGCCAUGCUCGGCAAUGAUGAUGUUAAUGUGCUCUGACCCUAGCGUUUUCUCCACAGAACACAUAUGUUGCAUAAAGUGAGGCCCACUUCUGCUCUGUG